AACUUUACUGCUAACGAACUUUGAAAGCCCAAUUAUCGUAUAUUGAUAUAAUCAGCCCCUUUGAAUAUUUACUGAUUUGUCAAACUAAAACUUUUAGACACUAUCAAAGUACAAUAUCUGAAGUACAAGAUUGUACUUCAGAUACUUCAGACUUUUUUAAAGAUAUAAAAUUGCAUACAUUUUAAAAAUUGAUUCAGUUAAAUACUGUAUAUUUGGUUUGCUUGUUGAACCUCACAGUCUAAACACAUCAGCAAUGAUAUUUAGAGAUGAGUUCAGACUUUGUGCUAGCCAGAGGUGGGAGUAAGUCACACAUGUGCAAGUCACAAGUAAGACUCAAGUCAUGAAUGUCAAGUCAAAGUCAAGUCGAGUCUUUUUUUAAUAUUUGUCAAGCAAGUCUCAAAUUUGCGACUUAAGUCUGACUCGAGUCCCCCAUCUCUGGUGCUGGCCAAUCAAGUUUCACACGAAUCCUAGGAAACCAUGUUUUUAUUGAUUUUAAAUUGCCUAACAGGAUAUAUUCAUGUAAGUAUCAUUGAGAUGCAAGACACAAGUGUAUAUCAAGUGUACCACAUCAUAUCAAGUGUACAAGUGUACCUCAUCAUAUCUGCAUAGCAGGUGUCAGGGAAUAGACAGGCAACAUCAUAUAAGUAUAAUCCAGGACAAUGAAACCAGAAAACAGAAAACUAGAAUAAUGCAAAUAAUAAAGAAACAAUAAAUAUUUAUUUAAAGCUCAGGCUCAAAUAGUUUUGAUUGCAAAAAAAGAUUUUUGCCUAUUUCAAAAGACCGAAAAAGGCAAAAGGCUUCAACUUGAGACACAGAACCAGGGACUUUUUAGGACUUACACUAAGGCACUAUUCAGCAAAGAACUGAAAACAAGUAAGAACAUUCAUGACAUACGAGAUACCUAAUAAAACAAUGACCAGACAGGGGUGAGGUCAAUAACCAAAAGCAAUUCAGUAAUGACUGUAGAAGUAAUUAUAAACACAUGGCACAGUACAACUAAAAUGGAGAUAUGAUGUGCAUCGAAAGCUGCAGCAUGUGCUGGGAAUCUGUGACAGUCAGGUUUUGGCCUUCAAGUGAAUGAUAAUCUUAAUGUUACAGCAUGCAUUCAUGAAUAUUAUGAUCUGGUGUCCACGUAGUUUAUGCCAUAUAACGUAGCGACACCUACAACCAACCUCGCUUUAACCAUCCAUUUGUCUUGAAACAAGGAAAUAAGUCAUUGCAGUAAAUGCUGAGAUCUGAAACAGGUCUGGCUAGUAUGCCAUUCUUUGAUUCUAAGACAUCUGGAAGGUCAGGUAUCAGAGAAAUCUGAGCGGAGUCUAAAGCUCAGACCUUUCUAGCUCUCUUCUUUAUGUUUAAUGAGAAAAUCGUGGGCUGGAUAGAGCCAAGAAACGACAAGGUGAUACCAGCUGUAGUCCAAAAUUAUGGCUAAUAAAGGGAAAAUAUUAAAAUAUGAUUUGCCAGUAUUUGCUGCCAUCCUGCUGAUUCAUCUGCAAGUGGUGAACUUACAAUUGCUUAAUGGGAUUUCUGACAUAAUUGUAGAGGUUAGCUUACCAGAAGAACAAAUGCCUCACCUAAGGAAAAUACGAGAAGGGACCCGUGUACUAAGCCUCUCAUUGAAACUAACUCAGACCUUUGACUUUGACCUCAACAAUAAAGAUAGUGACAAAUAUAUAACAUAUAAAAAUACAAUUCAGAGUUCAAUUGAACGAAGCUACAAAAAUGUACUUGGCUAUCAGCUCAACUCUGCAUCAGUGACUGGUUUCAGACCUGGAAGUGUGAUUGCAGACUUCACUAUUACCUCAACAACAAACAACAUUGAUUUGGUUUCAGCAAACCAACAGCUUGCUGCCAAUCUCAUUAAUAGUGGAUUCAGUGUAUCUAGUGAUUUUCUCAGUCAAAGUGUGAAAGGAGAACUAAUUAACAUCAAAGAAAACAUAUAUCCUGGGACAGAUCUCAAACUGACAUGUAAUCCUCCAGAGACAAAUGGUAUAAAAUGGACAAUGAACGGAAUUCAGUUACAGCAGUCAGACAAGUAUGUGAUUAAUAAUGCUGAACUCACUGUGAAGAAUGCCGGUCCCACUGACAGUGGUAAGUCUGAAGGAUUUCUGUUAAAUUAACAUCUUACAAUGAUCAGAUUAUUUCCUUAACUUUUCUU